AUGCAGUACCUUAGUUUCAAUGAGGCUGUAGGUGGCAAGGGCCAAAUCAAGGGCCUCCCUGAAGAAGACAGCGACACACAAAGGGCGCUGCUGGACCCGAUGCCUUUGAGAGACACCUGGGUACUUUGGGAGCAGGCUGUGCCGCCAAGUGAUGGCAAAAGUUCGGCCUACGCCGACUCCAUGAAGGAGAUCGUGCCGUUCAAGACUGCGCAGGAAUUCUGGAGCAUCUGGAAUGGGGUGCCUCAACCUAGUGAGCUUCUGGAUAACAAGCGCAUCACGAGAGACAAUGGGGGCAACCCCACGGCGAUCGAUGCCAUCAUGAUCUUCAAGAAAGGAGUUCGACCAGAGUGGGAGGACCCUCUAAAUGCGACUGGCGGGCAUUUCCAGGUCCAGCUCAAGUCUAGCAUUGGCGGAGCGCAGAUAGACGAGUACUGGAACAACAUCGUUCUGGGCAUGGUCGGGGGCACUAUUGAGCCCUAUGACAUGAUCACAGGAGUCCGGCUAGUGGACAAGCUUUCAGGAGCAAAGGCUGCUGGAAUCCUGAGGAUCGAACUUUGGUUCACCAAGUACGACAACCAAGAUGCAGUCAAUGCAUUAAAAAAGAGCAUGGAAAAGACCAUGUGUGAAAAGCUGGACGGCACCCCGGGGACUGCAGUGAAGAUAGAGCUGAAACGCGUGGGCCCCGGCUGUGCAUCGAAGAUAUUUGGCAAGUGGGCAUGCGCUUCCCUCCCAGCCCCUGUCCCGACUCGUCCAGACCUUCAGAAUUGA